AUGGGCUUCCUACAUCGAAACAAGCGUCCUCAAGAGACGGAGACCUUUCAGAGGGUCAGCCUGGAACAGCUGGACGAGAAGGAGAUCCAGGCCCAUCCCGACCAGGUCACCGGCGAAGCCGCCAUCGGCGUGCAAAAGGCCGAGGCCGCCGCCAUCGUCUGGCCGAAAUGGGCCGUCUACUGCACCUACGGCUGGAUCUGGAUCUGCUUCCUGCUGCUAGCCCUCCAGCAGGGCAUGACCACCCUCUUCAACUAUAGUGCCUACGCCGACUUUACCAAGUCGCCCGAGCUCACCACCGCCGCCGUCGUGGCCGCCAUCAUCGGGGGCAUCAUCAAGCUGCCCAUCGCCAAGCUGCUCAACCUCUGGGGCCGUGCGGAGGCUUUCAUGUUCUUUGUCGGCGUCUAUGAGCUGGGCAUGAUCAUCCUCGCCGCCUGCAACGGUCCCAGCUCUUACGCCGCCGGCUACGUCCUGUAUUGGAUCGGCUACGACGCCCUCUACCUCAUCAUGGAUGUCUUCGUCGCCGACACCUCAGGUCUCCGGAACCGGGCCUUCGCCUUUGCCUUCAUCGGCACCCCGUUCAUCUGCACCGCUUUCACCGCGCCCCUGGCUGCCCAGAGCUACCUUAACAACUCGACCUGGCGCUGGGGAUACGGCUCCUUCUGCAUCAUCAUGUUCUUCGUCUUCACGCCGCUCGCCGUCGUUUUCAAGUUCUACACUCUCAAGGCCCAGAAGAUGGGCCUGUACAAGCGGGAGCCCAGUGGUCGUACUACGGCCCAGUCCAUUGCCCACUACUUCCACGAGUUUGACAUUAUCGGCUGCGCCAUCCUGAUGGCCGCCUUCCUCCUAUUUCUGCUGCCUUUCAACCUGACGUCCUCGAAGCUGGCCUCAUUCAGCUCCGCCAAGUUCAUCGCCAUGGUCGUCAUCGGCAUCCUGCUAUUCCCAGUCUUCUACAUCUGGGAACGAUAUUUUGCCAGGACACACUUUGUCCGGUGGCAGCUCUUCCGGAGCCGCACCGUAACCGGUGCUUGCUGCCUGGCUGCCAUCCUGUACUUCUCCUUCUACUGCUGGGACCUAUACUACCAGAACUUCGUGCUGGUGGUCUAUGACCUGGACGUGUCCAUGGCCGGCUACAUGGGCCAGAUUUACAACGUCGGCUCGACCUUCUGGGGUGUCCUGUUCGGCAUCUGGGUGCGCUACACCAAGCACUUCAAGUACACGGCCUUGUUCUUCGGCCUGCCCCUCAUGUUCCUCGGCGCCGGCCUCAUGAUCCACUUUCGCAGCGCCGACCAAGGCAUCGGCUACCUGGUCAUGUGCCAGAUAUUCAUCGCUUUUGCCGGCGGCACCCUCGUCAUCAGCGAGGACAUGGCCGUUAUGUCUGCCGCCGACCGCGAUGGGGUGCCCAUGAUGCUGUCCCUCAUUAGCCUGUCCGCCAGCAUCGGCGGCGCCAUUGGCUAUGCCGUCACCGGUGCCAUCUUUGACGGCUCCUACUCACAAACCCUCCAGGAAUACCUGCCCGACGAGUACAAGGCCAACGCCACCAUCAUAUGGAACGGCGGCUAUACCCUGCAGAAGACCUACCCCGUUGGCUCUGACGUCCGCAACGCCAUCGACAGGGCAUGGGGUGUCUAUGAGAAGCAGUGCUGUAUCGCUGCCACGGCUGUGCUGGUUCUUGCUAUUCCUGCCAUUGCUGUAUGGAAGAACUAUAGUGUCGACCGUAAGCAGAACAAGGGCGUUCUGAUUUGA